AUGCAUGAGGGUACUCAUGGUACCGAGCAUACUGGGCCUACCUCCAGCUCCUUGCCUUCUGGGGGCCAGGCAAAACGAACGAAGCGGUUUCAAUGCCAUUACUGCCAGCGAUUGUUUGCCAGGCUAGAGCAUCUACAGCGACAUGAAAGGACCCACACACAAGAAAAACCAUUUGCUUGUGUUCAAUGUGAUCAACGCUUCACACGAAGUGACCUACUUACACGCCACGAGAGACUGUUACAUUCGCUGAAUAGGAGAAGUAAUACCGAGUCAGAAAAGAGCGAUAGUCAUGGGUCGCGAGUUUGGCGAAAACGAGACGCCAGAGUGGCCGGGCUGGAUGAGCAAGACAACAAUACAAUCUCCUCUCCCACCAUAAUGUUGGCUCCUACAAGGGUUUCUGAUGAAAUCAUUGAUCAAAAUUUAGCAACGCAAAGUCACGGAAUUUCGCUCGCUACACUGUCAAUGGCCGCUGAACAUGCGGCCAUGCAGGGAAUAAUACCUCCAGAACAAGACGAUCAGGUCAUUAUAUCUACCAAUCAUGAUAAUAGAUUGCCUUUCCCAGAGACAGAAGCUCUCGGAUCUCGAUCGAUGGAUCCGACUUACGGAUUCGAUUUCGAGGACACGCUCGAUAGUCUGGCAACCUUUCUAGAUAACGGACCGGUCGCAUCUCAUCAUUUUCCAUCCUUUAUCAGUGCUGAACAACCCAUUCCUUUUUUUUCGCCGGGGUCUGCUUCGAAUGGAAAUGACACAAUACACCAAGGCUACCAACCUCGAGAGAACCUUACAGCCUCGGCUCCUGAGCAGUCAGGUUCAUUUUCUCGAUUUGGCUCUCGUCUUCCGUCUCUACAACCAGAGGAAUCACCUGGUCAACGUGAACAGAAUUCCAGCGCGUCAAAGAAGCCAAUAUCAGACGUCUCUUUUGAAGAUCGACAGGUUCUUGCCUCAAAACUGAAAGAAUUUGCUGGAGUUGUGCCCUCUGAUUUUCAGUUACCAUCACGUCUGGCACUAUCUCGCUACUUGGCCGGUUACAUCAACGGGUUUCACGAGCAUAUGCCCUGUCUGCAUAUUCCGACCAUGUCAGUUCAGAAUACUUCAAUCGAACUACUACUUGCCAUGGCAGCUGUGGGUGCUCAAUAUUGCUUUGAGGGCGAAAAGGGCGUGGAACUAUUUCAUACAAGUCAAGAAAUUGCUAUGCGGAGAAUAAGACGGCGCGAUGUGCGUACUGCGGAUGCAGAUGCAGAGCAGCCACAAGGUGGAAACUUUGGUUGGUUCUUGGAAGAUGGGGGACUCGACUCACCUCGCCAAUCUUUGCAUGUGCAGCCAUCUCACUUGAAUGGCCCAUCAUCUGGUCUUCUUGGUCUGCCCAUCGAUCAAGGUCAUGGUGAGGAUUUAAUGCAAACCGCACAGGCAUUAUUUCUUCUCAUGGCAAUGGCAACGUGGGCUAAACACCAAGGGAUUCUCCGUCAAGCGCUUGCUAUACAAAGCAUCUUAGCAACUCUCAUUCGUGAGGAUGGACUCAAGAUGGCUCCAGUGGUCAACAACGACUUGGCUUGGGAGGACUGGGCUCACUACGAAAGUAUCAAGAGAACCAAAUUUAUUGUCUUUUGCUUCUUCAACCUUCAUUGCAUAGUUUAUAACAUCCCAUCCUUAAUCUUGAGUUCUGAACUGGACUUGCCUUUACCCUGCGACGCCAAUGAGUUUAGGGCGCCAUCUGCAGUACGGUGGCGGGAGGCGAGAAAGAAGAACCGACGCCCGGAAGCAAAUUUUCAGUCUGCUUUCAAUAGUCUAUUUGACAGAUCUAGCCGCGUGAGCUUGGAGAGUUAUUUACGCAUCUCGUCACUGGGAAACUACGUUCUCAUCCACGCCCUUAUCCAACGCAUAUUCUUCAUACGCCAAAUCGCGGGCUACCCUACUCCUUCUCAGCCCUCUGCAUCUGUCCAGCAAAAUGAGCAGAAUCAGGAUAAGGAUGAGGAGACUUCUUACUUGGAACAAGCUUUACGAAAUUGGCAAUUGGGAUGGAAACAGAACCCAGAGUCCUCUUUGGACCCUUGGGAUCCCAAUGGGCCGAUUGCAUUCAAUUCGACGGCCUUACUGAGACUGGCAUAUAUUCGCUUGAACAAUAUUUUCAUCGGACCUGCGCAUCAUACUCUUGCUUCACGUGAUCCCAAUCGAAUUGCUGAUUCAUUUAGAGAAAGUUCUCCAACUAAGAUACGGCGGACGCGCAAACUGGUCAGGGCGGUACUACAUUCGGCACAUGCACUGAGCAUACCAGUAAAGAUUGGCAUUCGACUAGUGGCACGUACGCAAAGUUUUACCUGGUCUAUACAGCAUUCUAUAUGUUCACUCGAAUGUGCUUUCCUUUUAUGCAAAUGGCUUGAAGCCCUUGCCUUGGCAAAUCCUGAGACGGAAGUAUCUGAUGAUGAGAAGAGAAUUUGUUGGCUAGUCAAGACAAUGUUAGAUGAAACCGAGUAUGGAGUCAAAUGUGGUGAUGAAACGGCCCUUCAGUCUCCCACUCUACUUCGACAAUUGAGUGCAGGUGUACUGCGGGUAUGGGCGCAGAUUUUCAAAGGUGCUCAAACAUGGGCAAUUGUGGAUAUAAUAGGGACAGCCUUGAACACCUAUGCUGAUAUGUUAGAAAACAGCUGA